AUGCCUCCUCAGUUUUGCUGGAAUAUGGCGAAGAUUUCUUGGAUUCUCGUCCUAAUUUUUCUAUGGCUGUCGGUUUUUGUCUCUGACACUGCUAUGGUUAAAAUUCACCGUGCUAUUCCGAGAAAUUCCAAGCUAACGCGAGCAGAACCAGAGCCGAGUUGGCUCGGAUUUGAACCGUGUAAGUUUCUACCCGAUCUGUCGACAAUUUUCAUCAACAAGGAAGCGUGGUUGUAUUCUAUUCCAGCAACGAUCCUUGUGGGGCUGUGUGGCAUCUUUCCUCUCCUUGUUAUUCCCGUUGAAGCCGGCCAUGCUUUGCGAGAAGGAGGUAAGCGUUCUUGAAAUGUAAAAAAUGUUCUGUAUCGCAGAAGAAACUGCUAUGCAACGAAUCGCGCGAUAUCGUUUUUGUUGUCAGGGUAUUUUCCACAAUUACACGACGGUGUAAUAAAAUUUUGGCAUGGAAAAAGGUUUCGAUGAGUUAAUGUUGAAACUAGAAUGUUCUUUACCAAUUUGAAUUGGGGUACAACUAGCGUGUGUUACGAAAUUUUUGAGAAGAAACUUGAUCUUAGGAAAAGUACAAGGGAUAUCAAACGCGGUUUUACCAGCUGUUCUCGUUAAUGAAUAGGACAUUGUGUACAUGAAUUACGGCUCUCUUGAAAUUACGGCUGAUGUGUGAAUUUGUCUCGUUUGAGUUACUUUUCAGAAACGCUAUUUUGCUUUAAUAUUUGCUAUUGAAGCUGACUGCGAAGUUUCAACACGGAAGCUUUCAAUAUUAAACCAAACAAUACAGAGAACUCUUCUUAGAAUUGAUGCAAAUCAUGAUCGAACAAAUUUAAAUUGUAAGGCUUAUUGUCAUGUUAUCCUCAAUUUAUGUUGAGAGUCUAUUUUUUAAAAAGCUGUCGCAAGUGGAAAUAUUCAUGGGUGUAAAGAAAAUGUCAGCUCGUGUGAUAUUUUAAGAUCAGUUAAGUUAUAUAACUAUUUUUUGAUACAUGAUAUAACUAGUCGUUUCAUAUUUCCCCUGGAUGCUAAAAACAUGACGCAUGCAUUUUGCACGUUUCGUAGAAAAAAAUGUAGCAGUACGCAUGCAGAAAGCUGUUUUCUAAAGGGUCUGUCUGGUUAAAGGAGAAAAGUCUUUUGUUAUUAAAAAAUUAAUGCAAAUUUCGGUCGGCGUCGCGUUGCAGCGAUUUAUAUGGAAUGUUGUUGACUUCCAUGUUAUCGCUGUACGCCCAGCCUUAAUAUCGAUUGCUCCUUUGAAUUGGAGUAAGUUUUAUCAAAGUACUGCUGGUUUUUUGAUGAUUACCACAUUCUUGCUUUUAAAUACAGCCAUUUGUUCCAAAUUAAGUAUUUCUGUUUGGCCCAUAAUUUCUUGUUUUUCAGACAAGAAACAAAUUAGCAUGAUAAUACGUUAAAGGAAACGGUCUAUAAAAAGAACGAGCUAAACUUCAGAGUACCCGGCCACUUCUAUAUAACAGAAGUGCCUGUUGUGUUAUACCUCCUUCUUUAAAGCAUUCCAACAAAUAUGUAAAUAAUUUGGCUGGGUAUUCUGAAGUUGCUCCAAAGAACAAUCAAUCUCAAUCGCCCUCAGGCUAAAAACACUACCAGAAGCAAGAAUUUAAUGUGUGUUAACUUCACAUUACUUAGUUAGUGGCCCCGGCUACUUUUUUGGAAAAUAGAAGAAAAAAGAAAAAAGAAACAUCAUUUUUUUGGGGUGACAACCCUGCUUAGUUAAGAUUUUUUAAAAACAUCAUUUUGGGGGGUUUUGCAAAAGGAAAGACUACCACUCCUUGAAGUGUAUAGCUAGAGCUUUAGAUGACAUAAGCUGUAGUUUUGUGUGGUUACAUUGGUGAGGUCCACCUCUGUCUCUAUCCUGGAAUAAUAUCAUGCCCUCAAAACUGAGAAAACAUAAUAUUUUGAUUGCUGUUUACUUUAUUUACAUAUGAAGAUUUUCAGGAAGGAGUCAAUAUAGAUGUAUGAUUAGCCUGCACAACAGGCAUUAAAUUGAAAGAGAAAGUGGAAGGGGAGGAGCAAUUUGGGUGCGUGAGAACGAGGGAGGCACGCCCAAAUUCCCCCUUCCCCUUCCUCAUUUAAAAAUUGCCCUUGAGAAUUCCUAUCACACUUUCAUUGUUUUAAAAUGGGGACAUUGCCUAUCAUAUUUCAAAAGAUUUUAAUCGGUGUUGUAAUAAAAUUAUUGAUAAAACUAUUGCUCUGGGGUAGGAAUAAUUUGAACACAAGACAUCACUUUAAGGAACAGGAGCAGAAACGUUGACUAAAAGUUAGAGCAUACACACAUAAUCUUAGUAUUUUUAACCAUUCUAGCGCCAAUGGCACUUCUAGGGGUCACAUUUAUCAGCCAAAGUGAGAGCUAAUGCUGUCAAAGCCCCUACCUAGGUGACUCCCCUAACUGUGAAGAUAAAGUGGUCAUGCUCACAAUAGCAACAGAAAAUCCCUACCCCCUUAGAGGCUUGGGAAAUUAUUAGAAUUACGAAUAAACAUACAUGAAAUU